GUAGUGUCAACAAACAAUCUGUCCGUGCGUCCCAGUGUCGUUGUGUCAUUGCCAUAAACUAAGAACACCGCUCCUGUCGGAGCGAUGCGUGCGACGAGGAGCACCUGAUGCGGAACGCUCGCCGCCAAGAACAUGGCUUACAUUUUCGUGCAGGCGUCGCAGAUAUCUUCCGCUCGCGGAACAGAGUGCGCGCACAGGAAUGACAGUGAGCACAAGCAUCGACGCAAUCUCAUCUCCGCUUGGGAAGUGUCAUUGCAAAACGAGCCUCUAGUCCCGUCACCCGAUGAAGUCGCAAGCCCGCCUCGUUGACGUAUUGCUAUUCCUAAGUGUUCCAGACUCCAUACGAUCUCCCGCUUCCGCGGCCAGGCUUUCCGAUGGCCGGACAGAGGACGGUGUACUUCGUGAGGUGCCUGUUUGUCAUUUCCGUGCUCGCAGCCGUGUGCUUGUUGAAAUAUGAAUACACCAACCUCUGGACAAAUACGCCGGAGGGCAUUCCGAAAGCCAAGAAAUCUCAGAGCACGGGUCAACCCCGGCCACAACCGAGUGCGACGAACGUCAUCGGCCUAGCACCUACAGAGCGGGUCAAGUUGGUUGUGGUCACAUGCAAGAGCCUGCUCAACAUGACUCUCACCAACAUCAAGUCGGCAGUGGCCUUCACGACGGUGCCGUUGGAGCUCCUGCUUUUUGCUGACGACGAGAACAGAGAGCCGCUGCUACAGGCGAUUUCUUUGUGGCCCGAGAGCGUGCUGAAGCGUGUCCAUUACAAGGUGUCACCAGUGAAGUUCCCCGAACCGGAUGCCAAGAAGUGGCAGACCCUCUUCAAGCCUUGCGCAUCUCAGCGCCUAUUCCUUCCCAGCAUGCUGCCAGACGUGGACGCAGUCAUCUACGUGGAUGCCGAUGUCCUGUUCCUAAGCCCCAUUGAGAAGCUGUGGCAGCACUUCGCAUCCAUGAACAGCUCGCACCUGGCAGCGUUGGCCCCCGAGAGUGAGGACUAUGCCACCAACUGGUACCGGCGCUUCGCCAGGCACCCUUUCUACCAACCGCUUGGUGUCAACUCGGGCGUAAUGCUGAUGAACCUCACCCGCAUGCGGAAGUUUGGCUGGGAGGAGCGCCUGGGGCCGCUGCUGCAGAGGUAUGGCCGCGACAUCACCUGGGGUGACCAGGACCUCCUCAACAUCUUGUUCAGCGCCCACCCUGAACGCCUGUUGCUGUUUUCGUGCCGAUGGAACUACCGGCCCGACCACUGCAUGUACGGAGCGUACUGCACCGCGGGACCGCCGGCUGUUGUCCACGGGUCUCGCAAAGCCUUUGUCAAAGACUCGGAGCCGGCUUUCCGGGAACUUCACCAGGCCAUGGGGCAGUACGAGCUUGGCGAAAGCCUCCGGGACACUUUCAUUGCCGCUUUCAAGCAUGGACUCAGCCAGAGUCGCAAGACUCGCUGCGGGGAGGAGUUUCUCAAGCAGGUGGUUCACUGGGAGGCGACGGCACGCAGCAUCGACAGUGCUGCCACCAAGACCAGACAGAGUACAGAGUCCUGAGAAGAAUCCUUGGCUGGGAUAAUGUAACGAUUCUAUUCCAAUGCUAUUUCUUUUAGCACUUGAUCACUUGCCACGCUUACAUUAUCACCGAGAUUCGUUAGUCAUGAAUGGUGAACAAUGAGAAAAAUCUAACUUCAUCUUGUCAUAUACAGUAGAACCCCUCUAAUAUGUUUUCCACAGUACCGCGUAAAAAAAUAAGAAAUGCUAGAAAUGGGAAAAGUGUGCGAAUAUGCUGUUAAAAUCACACGAAUGUGCUGGUAACACGGACACUCUGCGCAGCUUAGCCUCCAAAGAAUUUACAGUCGCAGACUGAUAAUAAGGACUCAAUGGGGACCACCUAAAGCUCCCAAAUAUUGGAUUUGGCAGAGAACAAGUGGCUUAUUUGAAAAUUAUCCGAAAAGGCUGGGUUGUAUUCCGAGAUCGUCACUUUCGGGGAGACCUUAUCUUUCGCAAGAUUUCGCUUGAUUAGUGCUAGACACAUCGGCGGCUCCGAGCGAUGCCUUUCUUGGUACAGUGCUGUCACCCAUCAACACAUUGGGUGCUACGAAACUUGUAGUAAUAUCCUCGAAAGUGAUUGUUCGAGAAUACAACUCAACUUUGUCAACACAUUGCUGUAUGCAUGUACAUACACUCGCAUGUGACCUGGUCAGUUCGUAUUUCGACCAUUGUCAUGCUAUCUCUACAGAUAGACGGAAGUACAGUCAAUGCCUGCACCUAGUGUUCAUCCCCUGGCAACAUUACCGAAGUCAAGCAACUUGCAAUAGCCGUAUGACGGCGGGUUUCUACCACAGUCAUUGUCUGGCGCUUCCUUCACAAGCGAGAAAGAUGGUGGUUUGCUUUCGCAUCUAUAUUCCAUCUUUCAUCCUAAAGCUGUAGUCAACAUUGUGUAGAUUGCAAGCCUGUAAUUCUGUGUUGCCAUAGUAUUUACAUAUUUUAAGCAUGUUUGUAUUAAAAGCGAUUGCUUAGCAAAAAUUCGAGCUGCCAUUGUCAAUGUCACUAUUUUCUCUUCAGUGCACUAUAUUAUAGUGGCUCCCAAUUUAUUUCAUAUUUUGUAGAACUAAAAAUGUGCACAUUUUUUAUCCUAUUUAUGCAAUUCCUUGCUUCAUUGCCUCCAAUAGUUCCUGGCAAGUCACAAGAUUCCCUCUCAGGUGCCUGUUUGAAAAAGUGUACAGAAAAACAGAAGUGUUGUUUGUGCAGUAUUAUCAGUGUUGGCAUGUAGAAUUGCAUAAAUUCAGCUGUUUAUAAUUAAGUAGCCUUUCUCUACGUAUUUGUUUGGGAUUUUCAAGUUUGUUGCAUUUAUUUUUGCCCCAUCAAAAAUGACAAGUGCACUAAGCAGCGCCGUCCGGCAUAGACUGAUGCUGUCACAUAGUUUCUUUGAUCACAUUUUUAAUGCAUAUCUGUGCAUACUAGUUGGCUUUUUCACACAUUUUGAAGGGACACUAAAGGCAACCAUAAAUUCAAGCUAGUUAUGGAUCAGCAUUCCAUUUGGUGCCCGAUGUAUCACUUUUCACUUACAGAAAAACCCACCGCGGUGACUCUAAUUGACUGCAGCAUCCUGCUGCUGUGCACAAGUUCAUGGGUUCAAUUCUGAGCCACCGUGAGAGCGAAAUGCAAAGAAUGCUCAUGCGCUUAGAUUUAGAUACACGUUAGAGAGCCCCAGAUAGUUGGAAUUAAUCCUGGGUUCCUUACUACAGCAUCUUCCAUAGCCAGUGCAUCAAUUCGGGGUGCUUAACUUCAUAAUUUGAUAACCUUCUAAAGCGCAGCUAUAAGGCGCGUCCCUCGUCAGCGUCCUUCGUCAUAACUGAGCAAACGAGCACAGUGAAGGAUGAAAAAGCGAACGCAGAGCACAGCGGGGGAUGAAAAACGGCGAUAGCGAAGAGAGCGAAAGGAGGAAAGCGGAGGAGGAAGGUAGAGAAGGUAUAGUGCUGCGCAAGACGGGCUCUGCAUUGACGACCGCUACGAGAUGGCGCCAGAGUAGCGUGCCGUCGUCUGUUCACCAAUGGCAUGCGGCGAGCGUAUCCACCGAUACCAUAUUUGGAAACAAAGCGCUGCAUGAGCAGAGGUCUGACUGCAGCGGGUACUUCACCCACAUGCUGCCUCUCGCGAUCUCCUGAUUAGCGAGGCAGUCGAGCCACACUUCGCUCCGUUUUCCAUGUGCUGCAUGAGACAGACUGUCUGCACCAGCCGGUAUAUCGUGAAAUUAAACAUGUAUAGAGCCAUCUCGCACUCUCGCUUGAACACAGCAGCAACGCAUUUACCCUCGCAGUUGUAUAAGCUCUAGCUGACAUUCAACACAAAGCCCGUGAAACUUUAAGUGAGACGUAGAAAUUACUGUCUACUGGUGAAAAAAAAAUUUUUCCAAGUAGAUUGUCAAUUCAAAUGAGGUAGAUGCAAGAUAGUUUUUAAAAUAUGUUUCAAAAUGAAUAUUAAGGUCCCAGGCUCUUCUUUGAUUAUCAUUUCAUACCACCCACACUGUCAUACACUGGCCUUCACUACCACACAAAGCCAGCUGUGGAACUUAGCUUAAAAGCUUCGCUGGUAACAAAAUGCAGCUUGACCAAUUUUAUUGGAUUUUGAAGUUUGAGAACUCGCUACCUUUCCACACCGCUUUGUCAGUACUUUUUACAAGAGAGUGGUGCCCCCUCUGUGCCAUCCGCAGACUCAUAGUAGGAGUUGUUCCCAGCAGAGUAAGGUCUAAAAAAUCACUAGUGCAGCUAUGCAAGAGAACUCAUUUCUUGCUAGCCAUUCAAAUCGUGGAGCUACUAUUGUGUGGCCCCUUCGGUUAACAUUUUCUCUGCAACAAUGUCACCUCUUGCCAUAGAACAAACAUUUGCAAGGGUUGUGGAAGACUAACAACGUAGACUGAUUCAAUGAUUGGCUUUGUGUCCUUUUAAGUCUGAAAUGCCGCUGGUAAAACACGUCUCAUUAAAGCAUAUCAAAUAUAUUGUAUGUGCAUUCAUAUGAAGCAUGGGCUGCGUGUGCCGUGUACAUUUCAGCCUUCAUAUGUUCUGUGUAAUGAUGUGAUGGCAGUCAGCACAAAUUUCCAUUGCUCUGCUGGACAUGUUGAGCAGUUUGACUGUGGCUUGUUUGUGACGUACUAAGCACCACAGCAAAGAGGGAAAGGAAGCGACCCUCAUUGCUGAAAGGUCAAGCCUAGAUGAACCGUAGCUAAUUUUGGAUUGACAAUCACUGUUUAUGGUAGACCGGGAAAGCAUAGAAAUGUAGUUAACCAGCUGUCUCGUAAAUCGUUAUUUUGUCUAAGCUGCUUUCAAAACUGAUAAGAAAGAAAAACACCUUGCUUGUGUUGUUUACCAAGUCGUGUGAGCUGAUACUUGUGCUCAGCAUUGUUUGUUCUGCAAAAAUUUGAUUGGAGGAUGUCAGCCUUGGUGCAGAGAGAGGAAUGUCUACACUUCUUCUUUCUGGGGUUUUACGUGCCAAAACCAGUUCUGAUUAUGAGGCACACCGUAGUGGAUUAAUUUUGACCACCUGGGGUUUUUUAACUUGCACUACAACGCAAGCACACAGGUGUUUUUGCAUUUCACCUCCAUCGAAAUGUGGCCUCGAUUCUGCGACCUCGUGCUCAGCAGCGCAAGAUGUCUACACUAGUUAGUACGUAAGUGAAGUUAGUAUGUAGAUGAUGUAAACCUUGUGAUGGGUGCCAUGCUUGUACUGAAACAAUGUGUUUAUGUUUUAUUGACGACACUGUUGUUUUACUGUCACUUGUGAUGCUUGCAUCCUUAGAAAAGACAGCAAACCCUCAGACCCUGGUUCUCACAGUUGUGUAUGUGGCUGCACACUGGAGCUAUUUGUGGUGACAAAUACAAGCUGCACAUUUGAUUUUCACAAAAUAAUAAAUGUCACAAGAAAAAGGUGUCACAGGGAAACAGUGUCACAGUGUGGCCCAGCAUAAUCUCAAGUUGAACGUAGCACUGUCAAGUGUUUUGCUGAGCUGGGUUUCGAGCUGGGCUUCAGCCCUUAUUGUGUUGGCCUUCAGCAUGUGUUUGCAUUUUCAUUAACCAUUGGUACAGAGAGUGUUCACUCAGCUUUACCUCGCAUUCAAGCAGGACUCUGUUACCUUGAAUUUACUGAUAAGCCAAGCAAUUAGGGACUUCAGUUCCCAUAGAUUUGAUGCACUUUGGUUACCUCAACUUCUAGCAGAACAAUCAUAUUGCUGUGUCUCGUUGUGUUUGGCUUGAGGGAAGUCUACUUUGUCACAAAGCAAAUAACCUAGCUAAGCGCUUCACACUUGCAAAUUUCUUUGUUGAACAGCUUUCUCUUUUCCUUGGGUGUCUUAACUACGAACAUCUGCACUAUGCGCACAAUGUCUAUGAAUUUUUACGUUACUUGUCUAAGGAGGCGUGCCUGGCAUUGCACACUCUGUGAACAAUAAGUUAGUUGGUCACGCCUGCAAAGCCCCUAAGUAAUGUUGUUUAGUGUGGUUCUUGCAUUUGUUUUUUAUUAUUAUUAUUAUUUGGGGAAGCUUGUAAUCAAACAUUUCAAAUUUGGUACUUUGCCUGUAAUUAACAACUUAACAGUUUGCAAUGAGCUCACAUCAUCAUUAUGACCGCUUCUGUGGUUCAUGAACAGGCCAUUUUAUCGUAACCUUUUUUCUUUCUGUCAUCUUCAGGGUGUCCUUUUUUAGCACUCCUUGCCAUACUUUUCAUGGUUUAGAGUAAAGAGUAACGUAGAGCACUAAAGAAUCCACUGGCCAUUUUCGUCCUUUUUUAGUGAAAAAAGCAUUCACCAUUAAAAGGUUAAAGCACACAGUUAUGUGCUCAUGAAAGAGAAGCUGUCCAUGUUCCUGGGUUGUCAUACAGUAGUUUAGUCACGUCUGCAAAUUUGUUGCUUAUCUAUUUAUAAAACUUGCUAAUCCUUUGUUAACCUCUUCAACUGUACUUCUUUAGACAUUUAUUAUCAAAGGCCCUCAAGCAUUGUGCAAUGAGUUUCUGGUAGAGGGCAAGGUGCUGAGUCGGCAGUAUUUUAAAGGCACAGGUUCAGUUGAAAGAGCUGUACCUGACAUAGAACUGUUGAGGCCUCGUAGUACACGCUUAGUAUUUAUUUCGUUUCUUGGGUCCAGUGCAUUUUUAGAUUGCCUAGCUAUGUUCUACAUUUGGGAAUUUCGUUUUUGGAAACACCUUUCCUGUAAUAUACUAGUACAACCUUACUGUGGACACACUCUUAGCCUGUUCAUUCCGAAUUUUUGUUAUGCUUACUUAGCAAGAAACUAAUAAUAACAAGCAAACUGAGCCUAAGCUCACAUACAGUGCGACGCAUGUGGUGACAUGAUGUUAUACAUCUGCCACCAAGGCCAUGAGUGGAACUGUAACACUCCCAGGGCUAAGAUUACCAUACGUACACAAGUUCCCUAGAAGGUUGGUAGAAAAAAUGACAGCUGUCCAUGUAUGUCACAAAAAGUUCGUGGAAGAAGCAAGAAGACGGACAGAAAGACAAUCUUUCUGUUCGUCUCGCGUUUCUUCCACUUAUCUUUUGCACCACUGACAUUGACAGCUAUGCACGGACUUGCCCAAAAUUCCACUUCACUCGUGAGAGCCACUACCAUAGCUCAACUGGUAGAGCACCACACCCAUCAUACAGAGGUUGUUGGUUCAGCUCUCAGCCACGGAAAAGUUCUUUUUUUCCACUUUCGUUUUGCCUUUGUUAUUUCUACACCAGCAUUUUAAAAGGUAGAGUUAAUUUCCCCUAUGCACUUGUUGGCUUUAUUGUCUGUUGGCUUCAUUUGAUUGUUCCUAACAAUAGGCCUCUCGGAUCCCCCGAUUAUGUACAGAUGAGUUUUCCAUGCUCGCGAAGACUAUCAUCUCGGAAAUGGCAAUAUAGUUCACUCUAGUUACUGCAUAAACUUGUGCAACAGCUGUACCUUUCCUUUCUAGCAUUUUUUUCUUCUAACAAAUUUGUGUUCCAUUAUUACGUGAAUUUGUAAACGAAGGUUAUUUCCAAGAAUUAAUCUGCUUCUCUUCGUAACAUAAAACCACCAGGAUAAAUUAGAUGUCAUAGUCGAGUGAAAAAGAAUACUGCCUAUUAAUUAUGAUUACCAAGUAAACCAGAUAAAUUUCAGUCAGCAAGCAAAUUGCAAUCUUCAGAUAACUGUCUUGGCUUGCGCAAAAUAGUCUGAAAUGAGCGAAUUAUUUCACCAAACUUGCCUACUGAAAUAGUAUCCAACUCUGUUUAGUCCAAAACACUUUUAUACACUCUCUUUUCACACAUGCCUUGUGAGAUGACUGACUAUAUGAGAAAGGAUGAGAACACUGAAAUCGAAAGCUAGCUGUUAUCACUGAUUCCAGCUCGAUACCUUCAGCUCAGGAAUGAUAAUUCCUCGUGGGUUGCCGUUGACAUCUCCAAUAAGGGUUAGAGAUCUAAAAUAGUGCCUCCUCAGUUAAGGCCACAAUUCAAGAAUUGAAUGCCAAGACGCGUACAAAUUGGCAACAUGCAUGUGAAGAAUAUCACGAGAUUUUGUUGAUUCAACAAGCCCUAUAUAUAAUAGGCGAAACUGGUCACCCUGAUGGUGAUGACAUGAUACGUUUAUAAGCUGGUUCUCAUUAUUUAAAAAAAAAUAUAAAGUACACAAGAAGGAACUUAAGUUGGAUUCAUGCAAUCGGAAGGAUCGACAUGUCAGUCUGUGGGGGCAAGCUCAAUAAGCUCAGUGCUGACGAAUCACACCACCACACAAGGACUCCAUAGACCAGCUGCCACUUGUGCGAUCGCUGCAACUCGCCAUGUUAUGUUUGUGUGUGGAACGAAUCUGCAAUUCAUCCUGCUGUGCAAAUUCACCUUUAGAGGUAUGGCUAUUGCAUUAUUGUCUGCUGUUGCGCAAGACUAUACAGUAACUGGAUUAUUUUUCAUGGAUUUCAUUUAUGAAGAGCAAUUUAGUGUGAUACAUUAUGAACAGAAGUGAGCAUUUAAGAAUCCGCGCUGGUGUGUAAUAUUUUGAAUGCAUAUUUAUUUAUAUGGGGGACAUGUGUCAAUGCCAGUAGAUGCACAGAAUCUUCGACAACAGCCUAUAUUAUUGUGCCAUUGUUUUCGCAAUGUUUUUUGCAUGAAGUUAGUACUGGGUACUAAAAGCUUUGUUCCUGGAAAUAUCGUAUUGGACGAUCUCGUUUUUGUUUUGUUCCAGGAUUGUUUCAGCAUUUGUUUGUUUGUUACACUCCGUGUGCCAUGAUUAACAGCAACAAAAUAAACAAUGCAGCACAAAAAUAAAUG